AUGACACUGCCCGGGGGUCCGACGGGCAUGGCGCGGCAGGGGGGCGCGGGGCCCUGCAGCCCGGUCCUGGAGCGCGCCCCGCGCCGGAGUGUCGGGGAGCUGCGCCUGCUCUUCGAGGCGCGCUGCGCCGCGGUCGCUGCCGCCGCCGCCGCAGGGGAGCCCCGGGCCCGUGGGGCCAAGCGGCGUGGGGGACAGGUCCCUAAUGGGCUUCCGCGGGCUCCCCCUGCCCCGGUGAUCCCGCAGCUGACCGUGACAGCCGAGGAGCCGGACGUACCCCCGGCCAGCCCUGGGCCGCCUGAGCCAGAGGGUGACUGCCUCCCGGCAGCGGGCUCGUCGCACCUGCAGCAGCCGCGCCGCCUCUCCACUUCGUCUCUCUCCUCCACUGGUUCCUCGUCGCUGCUCGAGGACUCGGAGGACGACCUGCUGAGCGACAGCGAGAGCCGGAGCCGAGGCAACGUGCAGCUGGAAGCGAGCGAGGACUUGGGUCAGAAAAGCCACUGGCAGAAGAUCCGGACUAUGGUGAAUCUGCCCGUCAUGAGUCCUUUCAAGAAGCGCUACGCCUGGGUGCAGCUGGCGGGGCACACGGGGAGUUUCAAGGCGGCGGGCACAAGCGGGCUGAUCCUGAAGCGCAGUUCCGAGCCAGAGCGCUACUGCCUGGCACGGCUGAUGGCGGACGCGCUGCGCGGCUGCGUGCCGGCCUUCCACGGCGUGGUGGAGCGCGACGGCGAGAGCUACCUACAGUUGCAGGACCUGCUCGACGGCUUCGAAGGGCCCUGCGUGCUUGACUGCAAGAUGGGCGUCAGGACUUACCUGGAGGAGGAACUGACCAAGGCCCGAGAGCGGCCCAAGCUGCGGAAAGACAUGUACAAGAAGAUGCUGGCAGUAGACCCUGCGGCGCCCACCGAGGAGGAGCACGCUCAGCGAGCAGUCACCAAGCCGCGCUACAUGCAGUGGCGGGAAGGCAUCAGCUCCAGCACCACGCUUGGUUUCCGCAUCGAGGGCAUCAAGAAAGCCGAUGGCUCCUGCAGCACUGACUUCAAGACUACGCGGAGCCGGGAGCAGGUGAUUCGCGUCUUUGAGGAGUUUAUGCAAGGAGAUGGGGAAGUGCUGAGAAGGUAUCUGAACCGCCUGCAGCAGAUUCGGGACACCCUGGAGGUCUCCGAGUUCUUUAGGAGGCACGAGGUGAUCGGCAGCUCACUCCUCUUCGUGCAUGAUCACUGCCAUCGUGCCGGCGUGUGGCUCAUCGACUUCGGCAAGACCACACCCCUGCCCGACGGUCAGAUCCUGGACCACCGGCGGCCCUGGGAGGAGGGCAACCGUGAGGAUGGCUAUUUGCUGGGGCUGGACAAUCUCAUUGGCAUCCUGGCCAGCCUGGCUGAGAGAUGA